CGUACUCGAGCGAGGACGCAGCUCCAGAUGGACCUGACUCUGAUCUCUUCGUCUACUACUGCAAGCACUGUGGAUCUCACCUCCUCAUAACUGGGCAGCCAUUUGUAAAUUUUGGUUAAUUUCUUCACACAACACAUGGAUUUGACUUUACGCAACGGUAUAGAAACAAAAUAUUCUGACACGGGAAGAACACCUUCGGAAGGAGCUUCCCAGAAAUAUUUCUUUAGUCCCCCUUCCAAAUCACAGAGCUGAUAAAUUGAUUUUCCAAUUUCAAUGGUUGGUGAAUUCUCAUGUGAAUGAGAGAGGGAGAAAAGAACUGUGAUUUUGGGGAAAGGGCUAAAGCUUGGGUUUUUACAAUCCAAAUUUUGAUGGAAGAGGGUGGUGCUGAAGAGAAAGAACUGUGAUUUCAAUGGUUGUUAAAAGAGAGUUUGUUGAAUAAUAUUUUUGGGCAAGCAGUUUAUGUUAUACUGAAAUGUGUGUUGUAUAAGAUACCCAGUUGCAGAAAAUGCCCAAAAGGAAGACUGACAAAGCUUAUGUUUUGGACAAGAGCAAACAUCUUGCAAGGCUUAACAUUGCUGAGGCUGGAAAAGUUGUAUUGAAAAGGGGUGAGGGGAAAAUGGAGAAGCAAUUUCGUAUGAACUGUGUGGGUUGUGGACUCUUUGUUUUCUAUCGCUCAGAAGAAGAUUUGGAAGGUGCUUCUUUCAUUUAUGUUGUUGAUGGUGCUCUAAGCACGGUUGCUGCUGAAACCAACCCACAGGAUGCUCCUGUGCCACCCUGCAUUUCAAACCUAGAUGGGGGACUCGUUCAAGUGGCUAUAGAAGUGGAAGACCGUGCACAACGGUCAGCAAUCACAAGAGUGAAUGCUGAUGAUGUUAGAGUUACUGUGGCUGCACCUGCAGCUCGGGGAGAAGCAAACAAUGAACUCUUGGAGUUCAUGGGCAAAGUGUUGGGUCUGAGACUAAGCCAGAUGACUCUUCAGAGAGGGUGGAAUAAUAAAUCGAAACUCCUUGUGGUGGAGGAUUUGUCUGCUAGGCAAGUAUAUGAGAAACUUCUAGAGGCUGUUCAACCUUGAGGUUGUACAAUUUAUAUGUCAAUUGUAAUGAAAGAUAAGAUCCAUUCAACUUGUACAUUUACCCUGGACAUCCUGGACUUCAAAUUAUUCUUCUGUCAACUAAUGCAUUGUUGCAAUGUCAAAAAUUCAAUUGUACAACUUGAGUCUAUUUGAUGAUAAUUCCAGUUAAUUAUGUCUGUA